AUGGAUAGCAGGGUCCCUGGUGCAACCAGCAAUGGAAAGACAAUACCAACUUAUUCAGUUGUGGAAAAGGAGAAAGAGGAGGAAGAGGAGGGCACACUAGAGCGGGGUCACUGGAACAACAAGUUGGAAUAUGUGCUGUCUGUAGCCGGGGAAAUCAUUGGGCUGGGCAAUGUUUGGAGGUUCCCCUAUCUCUGCUACAAGAAUGGGGGAGGUGCCUUUUUCAUACCCUACCUCAUCUUCCUCUUCACCUGUGGCAUUCCUGUUUUCCUCCUGGAGACGGCACUGGGUCAGUAUACCAGCCAGGGGGGUGUCACAGCCUGGAGAAAGAUCUGCCCCAUCUUUGAGGGCAUUGGUUAUGCCUCCCAGGUCAUUGUCAUCCUCCUCAACUUCUACUACAUCGUUGUUCUGGCCUGGGCCUUCUUCUACCUCUUUAGCUCCUUCACCGUUGACCUUCCCUGGGGCAGCUGUGACCACGAGUGGAACACAGAGCACUGUGUGGAGUUCCAGAGGACCAAUGGCUCCCUGAAUGUGACAGCUGAGAAUGCCACCUCUCCUGUCAUUGAGUUUUGGGAGAGGCGGGUCCUGAAAAUCUCUGAAGGGAUCCAGCACCUGGGGAGCCUGCGCUGGGAGCUGGCCCUGUGCCUCCUGCUCGCCUGGAUCAUCUGCUACUUCUGCAUUUGGAAAGGAGUCAAGUCCACAGGCAAAGUAGUAUACUUCACAGCCACGUUUCCAUACCUCAUGCUGGUGGUCCUGUUAAUCCGAGGGGUGACUUUGCCUGGUGCUGCCCAGGGGAUCCAGUUCUACCUGUACCCAAAUCUCACCCGCCUAUGGGAUCCCCAGGUGUGGAUGGAUGCAGGCACUCAGAUCUUCUUCUCUUAUGCCAUCUGUCUGGGGUGUCUGACAGCCUUGGGCAGCUACAACAAGUACCACAACAACUGCUACAGGGACUGCGUCUCACUAUGCUUCUUGAACAGUGGCACCAGCUUUGUGGCCGGUUUUGCUAUCUUCUCUAUUCUGGGCUUCAUGUCUCAGGAGCAGGGGGUGCCCAUAUCUGAGGUGGCUGAGUCAGGCCCUGGAUUGGCAUUUAUCGCAUACCCCAGGGCUGUGGUGAUGUUGCCCUUCUCUCCUCUUUGGGCGUGUUGUUUCUUCAUCAUGGUUGUACUGCUUGGGCUGGACAGCCAGUUUGUGUGUGUGGAGAGCCUGGUGACAGCCUUGGUGGACAUGUACCCCAAUAAACUUCGAAAGAAGAACCGACGGGAAACCCUUAUUCUCGUGAUUUCUGUCCUCUCCUACCUCAUCGGGCUGAUCAUGCUCACUGAGGGUGGAAUGUACGUGUUUCAGCUGUUUGACUACUAUGCAGCCAGUGGCAUGUGCCUCUUAUUUGUAGCCAUCUUUGAGACAGUCUGUGUGGCCUGGGUAUAUGGAGCUGAGAGAUUCUAUGAUAACAUUGAAGACAUGAUUGGCUAUCGACCAUGGCCUGUUAUCAAAUAUUGCUGGAUAUUCCUCACACCAGCUGUAUGCACAGCCACCUUCCUUUUCUCUCUGGCUAAAUACACCCCACUGACCUACAACAAGAAGUACACUUAUCCAUGGUGGGGAGAUGCUCUGGGCUGGCUCCUGGCACUGUCCUCCAUGAUCUGCAUUCCUGCCUGGAGUGGUUACAAACUGACAACUCUCAAAGGCUCCCUGAGGGAGAGAGUCCGCCAGCUCAUAUGCCCAGAAGAGGACCUGCCCCAGCGGCUCUGUACAGCACCCCCCACUCCCUCCACUACUCGGGCAGCACUUCUUAGGCUCACAGAACUGGAGUCCCACUGCUAGAGACCAACUCAGACUGUGACCGGAUGCACUGCUGGUUUCCCAAAGUCCUGUGUAUUCAGCUCCCUGCCUUGUCCUAGAUAUGGCU